GUAGCGUGUCAGAUGGUAAAUCGUCGUCAACGAUGAAUGUCAAAUAAAAUUAGCUCGUUCCGUUCACAAUAGUGUAACACCGGUUCAGUGCAGUUGCAGUGGUUAGAUAGUUAACAUGGCCGACGCACAAGAAAUAUUAAGUAAUUUUUUAUUUACAGUUCUUGAUAGCCGCGGCUACAAGACGAGAGACGUUAACAUAAAAGAAAUAACAACGAGGGGUGCUAAUUAUACAUCGGCUCUGUUUGCGAUACAUGUAAAAACCUUUAAUAAAGAAUCAAAACUUUUCGCAAAAGUUGCAACGAUGAGCAAAGAGAUGAGAACAGCAGUUAAAGCAGACAAGAUGUUUAGAACAGAGGAAUUUGUUUACAAUAAACUUAUACCUGUUUAUAAUAAUCUCCAGAAGGAUUUAGAUGAAGAACACAAGUUCGUAUUUCCCGAAUUCUACGGAUGUAAUAAUGAGUUCGGUAAAGAAACAGUCAUAUUAGAAAAUCUAGUAGAACGUGGUUAUAAGUCUUACAGUCGGUUUAAGUCCAUGGAUUGGGAUCAUGGCAGGGUUGGUGUGGAGGCUUUAGCACGGUUCCACGCUUUGUCGUUCGCACUGAGUAAACGUGAUCCUCAAUGUUUUCAAAACAUAGCUACGGACAUGGCGUACACCUUUGAUAAAGAUACUUUAAGUCAAACAGCUAUAGAUCAAUACAAGGAAAUGGUGGAGAAAGCGUUAAGUGUUCUAAAGGAGGAGGAGUAUCGUGAGAGAAUCCGAAAAUUUUUAUUUGAAACUAACUUGUUGGAUAAAUACAAUAAGCCGCUCAGCGCGCCAGUGUUGGCCCACGGUGAUUACAGAUUAAGCAACUUGUUAUUUAAGGAAAAGGGUUACGAUCUGAGUGCAGUGGUUGUUGAUUACCAAACCCUCCAUACCGGGUGUCCUGUGGCAGAUCUCUUCUACUUUAUAUUCAUGGGUUCAGAUGAACACUUCCGCCGUCUCUAUUAUGACAAACUAGUAAAUCAUUACUAUACGAGUCUAGAAGAAGCGCUCCAGAGACUGGCUGUGGAUCCUGUAGAGGUGUAUCCCAGGGAGAGUUUUGAAAGUGAUUUGAAAGAGUUACUGCCGUACGUACUAAUAUCAGCAGUGACAGCUCUGCCGCUGGUCGUGGUCGAGUCUGAAUCUGCUCCGAGAUGGGAUUCUGAUGAAGCUGACUAUUCUACCCUCAUUGUUGAACCGGGCUUGUUAUACAAGGAGAGGUUUGGAGGCAUUGUAGACGACUUGGUGAGAUGGGAUGCUAUAUAAUGAGAUAAGAAUUAAAUAUUCAUAUAUAUAUUAGUAUUGUUAUAAGCAUAUUCGUGUAUUUUUUCCCGGUGCGAUAUUAUUAUAGUAAUUGUUAUCUAUUUUUUGAUUUAUGCAGAACUUUAUUCAAACUAUGUAUAUGUAAUGUUUUUCCAUGGUUAAAAGUUUAUGAAACAGUUACUACGUGGAACUACUAAUAUUAAUAUAUCGAAAUAAAAUAAAAAUUUAUAUUAGAGGAAGAAAAGUUAUGAGUGAACCCAUGAGUUGAUAAGUCAUUUAUGCUAACGCUAAGCAGGAGAUAUUUUGUCGACUAACAAACUCAUUUACAAUACGCGUGUUGGUUGUCAGGAACAUUUAUUCGAUCCUAAAUAGAAAAACGACACGACAUUUUGAAAAAGUUCCUCGCUUUUCUUUUCUUCUAACCAAAAGUAAUUUCUUAUUCUAAGAAUGUUUUCAGUUUUGAAAUAAAUAUACCAUUGUUUCGACAUA